AUGGCGUCCAUGUUCGAGCAGUCCGGGAGCGGUACCCUGUUCCUCGGCGGCCAGAAGAUCUCUGGCAGUGAUAUCAGAGACCAGAACGUCCUUGCGACCCAGGCCAUUGCGAAUGUCGUCAAGAGCUCCUUCGGCCCCAGCGGCCUCGACAAGAUGAUGGUCGACGACAUUGGUGACGUCACCGUCACCAACGACGGCGCGACCAUUCUCAGCCUCCUCGACGUCGAGCACCCUGCCGGCAAGAUCCUCGUCGACCUGGCGCAACAACAAGACAAGGAGGUCGGCGAUGGAACCACAUCGGUCGUGCUCAUCGCGGCUGAGCUGCUGCGGAGGGGCAACGAGCUCAUGAACAACAAGAUUCACCCGACCACCAUCAUUACUGGUUACAGGCUCGCCCUGCGCGAGGCUGUCAAGUACAUGAACGAGAACAUCAGCACCAAGGUUGAGAACAUCGGCCGCGACUCCCUCAUCAACAUCGCCAAGACGUCCAUGUCCAGCAAGAUCAUCGGCGCCGAUUCCGACUUCUUCGCCAACAUGGUCGUUGACGCCAUGCAGUCCGUCAAGACGACCAACAACCGCAACGAGAGCAAGUACCCCGUCAAGGCUGUCAACAUCCUCAAGGCCCACGGCAAGGGUGUCCUCGAGUCGGUCCUCGUCAAGGGCUACGCCCUCAACUGCACAGUCGCCUCCCAGGCCAUGCCCACCAGAAUACAAGAUGCUAAGAUUGCCGUUCUCGACAUGAACCUCCAGAAGGAGCGCAUGAAGCUCGGCGUCCAGAUCACCGUUGACGACCCCCAGCAGCUCGAGCAGAUCCGCGCACGCGAGGCUGGCAUGGUGAUCGACAGGGUGGAGAUGAUUCUCAAGGCCGGUGCCAAUGUCAUCUUGACUACCAAGGGUAUCGACGACCUCGUGCUGAAGAUGUUUGUCGAGCGUGGCGCCAUGGGUGUGAGGCGGUGUAAGAAGGAGGAUCUGCGUCGUAUCGCCAAGGCGACCGGUGCCACCCUUCUCAGCACUCUCUCCGAUCUCAACGGCGACGAGAAGUUCGACCCCGCUUACCUCGGCCACGCCGAGGAGGUUGUUCAGGAGCGCAUCUCCGACGAUGAGUGCAUCCUCGUCAAGGGUACCAAGUCCCUGUCCUCGGCAUCCAUCAUUCUGCGCGGCCCCAAUGAUUUCUCGCUCGACGAGAUGGAGCGCUCUGUGCACGACUCUCUGUGCGCCGUCAAGAGGACACUGGAGAGCGGCACGAUUGUGCCCGGCGGCGGUGCCGUCGAGACGGCGCUUCACAUUUACCUCGAGGAGUUUGCCGGCACAGUGGGUUCGCGUGAGCAGCUGGCGAUCGGCGAGUUUGCACAGUCGCUGCUUGUGAUUCCCAAGACGCUGGCGGUCAACGCCGCCAAGGAUGCGUCGGAGCUCGUGGCACAACUGCGUUCGAGGCACGCGCUCUCACAGCGCAUCCAGGAGGGUGAGGGCAACGAGGACGAGAAGUCGGUGGCGCGGAAGAAGGCCUACAAGAACUACGGCCUCGAUCUGACCCGCGGUAAGGUCAUUGACGAGAUCAAGGCCGGCGUGCUGGAGCCGACGAUCAGCAAGACGAGGCAACUCAAGAGUGCCGUGGAGGCGUGCAUCAGCAUUAUGCGCAUCGACACACUUAUCAAGCUGGAUCCCGAGCAGCGCGGCGAGGAGGACGAUGGCCACGGCCACUAA